ACACGUGGUGUUCAAUAUAAAAUCAAUAAAAAUGCGUGUUAAAUUAAUUUUAAUACUUUUUAUCACAUUUUUAACCAUGGUGAUUGCAAAUAAACGAAGUGUGACUAAUGAACACGAUAAUUUUAUCGGUAACGAUGACAAAAUCACAAAUUGCUCCUGUGUGCCGUAUUAUCAAUGCUCCGAAGAGUCCGGAAGGGUGAUUACUGAUGGUGACGGACUGCUAGAUCUAAGAGGUUUAGAAGAUAACGCAUGCACUGGAUAUUUUGAUGUCUGCUGUAAUCUGACAGUGAUACCAAAUGUAAGACCAAUACACACUUCAGGGACCUCAAUGGCCUUGGUUGAUAACACUGAUAAAGGGUGUGGGUAUCUUAAGCAAAUGCUGGUACCAUGGUCCGGUAUGCUUUUGGUACAAGCGAAAAAAUGGGAGUAUAAAUGCGGUGUGUCGAUUAUAAACCCUCGGGUGGCUGUCACAGCAGCACAUUGUUUAUUACUGACCAAACCACUGGUCAUCCAGAGCAAUUCAAGGUUAAAGUCGCUGAUUACCUCACAGGUCACCAAAAUCAUCCCGCAUAAUCAUUAUAACACAGGCACGCUACAAAAUGACAUAGCGUUGUUGUUUUUGGAAGAUGAAUUGAUAAAAGUUGGGACUAUUUGUAUCCCACCUCCAGGGUCAUUGCUCCUGGAUAGACAAUGCACUGUUAGUACCUGGAAGAAAAAUGGUAAACUUAGAAUCAUUGAGAUUCCUUUGGUCCCACAUCAAAAGUGUGAGAAGAUGUUGAGGAAAACACGCCUGGGGAAAUAUUUCCAGCUGCAUUUGAGUUUCCUCUGUGCGGGUGGUAAUAGUUUCCAGGAUGCUUGUGAUGGAGAUGGUGGAUCACCAUUGAUAUGUCCAGUGCCUGGUCAACCUGGGCGAUAUCAUCAGGUAGGGAUUGUUUCUUGGGGUAUUGGGUGUGGGGAACGGGAUACGCCGGGUGUUUAUGUUAAUGUUGCAACAUUUCGUAAUUGGAUUGAUGAGGUUAUACAGACAGAACUGAAGAAACAAAAUGGUGGAGCUAAGGAUGGUAUAAAUACUUACAGAUACAAAUAGAUGACAAGAAAGUUGAUUUUUAACGUGUAAGACAGACCAAGAUUAAGAUUAUACUUUAGUUUGAAUAUAUUUUUAUACAUACAGCCAAUCAA